GUUAACAUGGCUUCCAAAGUUCAGUUCGAAAGUUUGACAGAGGAGGUAAUUUGUCCCAUUUGCCUGGAUUUCUUCACCGAUCCGGUUAUACUGGAAUGUGGACACAACUUCUGCCGUUCCUGUAUCACUCGGUGUUGGGAAAGGGAGGAGAGAAACUCCUGCCCGGAAUGCAGAGAGGAGUUUGCAGACCGCACCCUCAGGGUCAAUCGGGCCUUGGCAAAUCUGUCUGAGAAAGCUCGAAAACUAAACCUGAAUCCCAAAGGGAAGGAGAGUAAACUUCACUGCGAGGAACACGAGGAAGAACUGAAGCUGUUUUGUCAGACGGACAAGAAACUGCUCUGUGUGAUCUGUAGAGAUUCGCGGGAACACAGGGAGCACCGCUUCCUGCCGAUUAAAGAAGCUGCUACAGUCUAUAAGCGCCGGGUUAAAUCUGCGUUAGACUCUCUCACAGAAAAGAAACGCGAGCUCGAGGACGUGGAGCGGCAACAGAAAGAGAAGGUUUCUGCAGUUCGGGAACAGUCACACAGUGUUCAGUCCCACAUCACAUCCCAGUUUGAUGAACUGCACCGGAUUAUCACCGAGAAAGAGCAGCGCGCACUCCGAGAUCUCAGGGAAGAGGAGGAGAGGAUUCUAAAUCUGAUGGAGAAAAAUCUUCAAAAGAUUCAAGAGAAUUUGAAUUCCAUCCAAGAGAAAAUGUCAAAGUUACAGGAACAGAUGGAUCAACAAGACAAUGUGACAUUUCUCAUGGAGGAAGCUUGUCGGAAGAAGAGGAUCAGUGAAGAUGACCAGGUGCUGUCAGUGACACAUGGGGCCCUACCUAUUGAAAAAUUCGAUCACCCCUUUUUGUUGAACACAACGUUGAGAGAAAUGUCGGAUACAACUAAGCAAGUCUCUGUCAUCCUGGAUGUGGAAGCGGCGAGUCCGUGGCUCGAGGUGUCUGAGGAUCGGAAGAGUGUGAGACACACCGCGACCCGGAGGAGUCUCCAUGACACCGGGAAGAGGUUCUCAGACCGGGCCUGUGUGCUGGGAUCGGUGGGAUUCACAUCGGGGAGACAUUACUGGGAGGUGGAGGUGACGGGGAAUCGGCUCUGGUGUCUGGGAGUCGCCGCAGAGUCUGUGGAGAGGAAGGGAGUGGUCACACCGAGUCCGGAGAACGGAUUCUGGACAAUCAGGCGGAUUGAUGACGAGAUGUGGGUUUACACCUCUCCUCUGUCCCGUCUCCCGGCCGGUCCCAUCCCCGGGAGGGUGGGAGUUUAUCUCAGUUACGAGUCCGGGACAGUUUCGUUUUACAACGCGGAGACCAAGUCCCAUCUCCACACCUUCACUGGGAAUAAAUUCACAGAGAAACUUUAUCCUUUCUUCUGGACUUGGGAUACAAAACAGUGGCUGAGAAUCUGCUCUGGUUUCGCUCCGGGUCUGUAGACGGGUCGGAUCCGGGACCGGCGUCAGGAGUAAGUCAGUGUAAAUACAAAUGUGCGGAGAGUGAAAUAAACACGAUGUGAGAAUUAUCGAUCCAUUAAUUUUAACCCGUUCUCCGCAUCCGUCAAUGGAACAGAAACACUGCGGAUUCAGCAGCAGCCGCGGGCGGCGGGUCCUGAGCUCCCCGGCUCCCCCGGGUGCUA